CGUGUGUUGGUUCACCGAGUGCGCAUGCGCUGUGUCGUUCUGUGUCAAUUAGCCUGCUUGGGCAUAUCUACCUACAGCCUGUAUUUUGCUCUCGAUAUUAAACCUUCACCAGCAAAAAUCCAGCAGAUUAUUCGCGAGUGUUUUGCAAAAGAUAAAAAGGCUGAAAUUGAUCUGUGUGGUAUUCGUGAAACGGUUGGACGAUGACAUGGCGAUGGCAGGGCGCCGGGUGGAGUGUGUGUGGAAGAGGCAUGUAGCUGAGCAGUUGAAGCAGAGGGACCGAGUGCAGCGACAGGCAUUUGAGGAGAUCAUUCACCAAUAUAACAGGUUGUUGGAGAAGUCAGACCUGCAGGCUGUGUUCUCCGACAGACUUCAGACAGAGAAAUAUGAACCACAGAAUAGACACGACCUCAGCCCGGGGGCCGAGUUGAGCCGCUGUGACCUCCUGCAGCAGGAAAUGUCUCGGAUGCGCAUUAAACACCAAGAGGAGCUCACGGAGCUGCACAAAAAACGCGGCGAGUUGGCGCAGUGUGUAAUAGAGCUGAAUAACCAGAUUCAACAGAAAGACAAAGAGAUACAGAACAAUGAGGCAAAGAUGUCUGAGUAUCAGCAGCAGAUCCUCCAGCUGGAGGGCGAUUGCCAAGAGUUGCGCAACCGGCUGUCGGAGCUGGAGCGAGCCAAUCAGACGCUGCGGGACGAGUACGACGCGUUACAGAUCACUUUCAGCGCCGUGGAGGAGAAACUGCGCAAAACCACCGAGGACAAUCAGGAGCUCGUGACGCGCUGGAUGGCCGAGAAGGCGCAGGAGGCGAACCGGCUCAACGCUGAGAACGAGAAAGACUGCAGGCGCAGACAAGCAAAGCUGCAGAAAGAGCUGGCUGAUGCGGCGAAAGAACCUCUACCCAUCGAUAUGGAGGACGACAUUGAAGUGCUCACGGAGGAGACGGCGAAAGCGACAUUAGAGACGUCUCCCAAUCACCCAGUGAGCCGGACACCCAGUAAACGAGCGUCUCAGCUUCCUCCUGGUAGCCUCCUAGAUUCCAUCACCAAUAUUUUUGGCAGGCGACGGUCCCUGAACUCCCACGGCUCGCCCCCAGACAACACGGAGUCCCCCUCCGGCGUGUGCGCAGACGUCCGCGUCCCCUCCACAGCACUCCACAUCUUUGACGCCCACGAAGGCGAAGUAAACGCCGUCAGGUUCAGCCCCGGCUCUCGCCAACUCGCCACAGGAGGAAUGGACCGGCGUGUGAAACUCUGGGAGGUGAUUGGAGGUCGUUGCGACUAUAAAGGCGCUUUAAUGGGCAGUAACGCCGGCAUCACCAGCAUCGAGUUCGACAGCACGGGCUCAUACUUGCUGGCUGCGUCCAAUGACUUUGCGAGCCGAAUCUGGACUGUGGACGACUACAGACUGAGGCACACGUUAACGGGUCACAGCGGGAAGGUACUGUCGGCUCGGUUCCUCCUGGACAACGCACGAAUCGUCUCUGGCAGCUACGACCGAACGCUCAAACUGUGGGACCUGCGAAGCAAAGUCUGUAUGAAGACGGUGUUUGCAGGCUCCAGUUGUAACGAUAUCGUGUGCACGGAGCAGUGCGUGAUGAGUGGCCAUUUUGAUAAGAAAGUGCGCUUCUGGGACAUACGUGCCGAGAGUACAGUCUGUGAGUUGGAGCUGCUGGGACGAGUCACGUCAUUGGACCUGAAUCACGACCGUACCGAGCUGCUCGCCUGUUCACGUGACGACCUCAUCAAAAUCAUCGACCUGCGUAACAACGCUGUGAAACAAACCUUUAGUGCACAGGGCUUCAAGUGUGGGUCAGACUUUACCAGGGUUACCUUCAGCCCUGAUGGCAAUUAUGUCGCUGGGGGUUCAGCAGAUGGUGUUCUAUAUGUGUGGAAUGUAUUGACAGGGAAAUUGGAGAAAAGCCUAGACAAAGGACACAGCUCCUCCAUUAACGCGGUGUCCUGGUCUCCAUCCGGUUCCUACGUUCUUAGUGUGGAGAAAAGCAGCAAAGCCGUGCUCUGGUCCGACAUCUAAAUGGUCCAGCUCCGCCACGCUCUGAACUGAUUGGUUCAGCUCUGCAUCCAGCCUGCUCUGAUUGGUCCAGUUCAACUGUGCUCUGAUUGGCUCAGACCUGCCCCACCCAUUCCCCGAUCGCCUCCAAGCCCACAGCAGGACCCCCACCCCUGUACUAAUUUUCCCAGGGUGCAAUGUGUUUGAGGGGUGUGGCCAUAUGUACAGAAAGAUUUUAUAUCAGGGCACUUCUGUCGAUUCUAAUGGAAGUGUGUGUAUGUGUGUGUCAACGUGUGUAUAUGUGUGUGUCAAGCGAAUGUUCACUGCAGUUAAUCUCAUGGCUUUAAGGCUUCACCUCUGUUUUCUCUGACCUCACUUCCUGUCUACACACACUUUACCUUUAAAAAGGAUAGAAGCAUGAGGAGUGUUAAUUAUAAUUAAUUAAUUAAUUAUAAUAAAUCAAAUAAUAAUCCUUUUUUUUUUCUCUACAGUGAUGCUCUGAAACCCCAAGGCACCACAAACAAGUUAGCAGCCACACAAAAGCUCAUUAGUUUAUGAUCCAGAAUUAGCAUCGAAAAUUGUAUUGAAAAAAAGCUUCCAAAAUUUGUCACUAAAAAUUUUGCAAUUUCCGACUGUUCCGCCGACUCCCUGAAGCCAGCAAUAGCAACUAACUCAAUAUUGGUGCUUACAGCCCAAGCUGUAAUUCUGUCUUCUUGUUUUGCUAUAUUAUAACAAAAUUAGGCCUUAAAAAUGUUUACAAACGUACCAGAGACAGCGCUCAACCAGACAUUUGACCACUCCACGAAAUAUGGUGGGGUGUGACGUAGAAGUGUGAUGUAAUGUGUUUUUAUACAUACUCAUUAUGACAUGCUCUCAUCCCCUUGACCUCGCAUUAUGGGUACUGGGGUGAGGGACACGCAAAAGCUAAUGACAAAUACGCAACGCAACAGUCAGUAGUAGGUUUGGUUUAUCUGAAGUGGGCAGUAAGUCAUUUUGAUGAAGUAACCUGCAAAUGAAGUGCACUUUAUUUAAGCUCUAAAAGGUUUGUGGAAGAAAAACGCACAAACAGGCGCACACACGCACACACUUUCUCAACACACUCCUACUCCUGCACGAUAAUAUCACCAUCAGAGCCUCAGCAUCUUGCUGACUCAGUUAUGGCUUCAAAUUAGCACUUUGUAAUGGGUGGGCUCAGGAUGACCCUUGAAUCCUAUUGGCUAAUAAACUGUAAUAUAUGUAUUUGUUUGUGUAUGAGACGCUGUAUGUUUACACACAAUGAAACAAGUAACAUGAUUAA